CGCUACGGCGAGCGCGACAACGCAGGCGAGCGUGCGUUCGAAUGGUGCUGCGCGUCGUCUGGCUUCCUCCGCUGCCUCUGAUCUCGUCGCUAACGGAAUUGGCAACGGCGAAGCUGUACAAGGCGACGGCUCCUCGGACGGCGCGUUUGAGUUCUGUGUCGUGUUUGUCGGCUCGUCAUCCCGCCGUGCACCGAUGGCGACUCUAGAGGACCGCAUCUUGGGCGAGAAGCUCCAGUACUACUGCAGCAGCAGCGAAGACGAAGAUGAGCCGGCGGAAAGCGACGGCUCCCCGUCGCACGUGCCCGCCGCGGCACCGCCGCCGCCGCCCGAGAUCAAGCAGCGGGAAGGAUGCUCCGUCAACACGGGACCCAAAGGUGUGCUGAAGGACUGGCAGCGCUAUCAGCAGCUGCAGAACGAGCGGCGAGAGGAACAGGAACGGGAGCGGCUGCAGCUCAUCAAGAAGCUGUCACUCACCUGCCGCUCCGAGCUUGAUGCUGAGAAGUCAAAGUCAAAGAAGGAAGAGGAAGUGCCACAGGAAGAGGACGACGACUUCCUGCGCGAGUACAUGCGCAAACGGAUGGAGGAGAUGAUGGCCGAGAUAAAUGCCAGGCCGAAGUUUGGCCACUUAGUUCGUCUCGAGAACGGCCAAGCAUUCCUGGAUGCUGUGGACCGGGAAAAGUCUGGCGUCACCGUCAUCGUGCACAUUUAUGCUCAGGGCAUGCCCGGCUGCGAAGCAAUGAAUGGCUGCCUGCAGUGCCUGGCGGAGGAGUACCCACAGGUCAAGUUCUGCACUGUCGAGGCCUCUGCGGCUGGCAUGAGCCGGCAUUUUGAGCGCAAAGGAGUGCCGGCACUGUUGGUGUACAAGAACGGAGGCCUGAUUGGCAACUUUGUACGCCUCACAGACGAGUUCGGCGACGACUUCUUCGCCGUGGACGUAGAGUCGUUCCUUGUUGAGCAUGGCUUUCUUCCUGACCAGAGCUUGCGGCUUGCAGAACGAAAUCAGCCCUCCAGCAACGCCGAUGACGACGACGACGAUGACCACUGAUGCAGAAGGGUUGAAAAUUGUGCUUGUUGGCACAUAACGAGAAUACUUGAGAGCCGCGCGAGAACACUGGACUGCACCCUGUGUUGUCUAUUCUUCACCAGUAUUUUUGCGCUGUUCCCCAAGUACCGCCGGCCCCGUCGUCACCUGAAGACCGUUUCCAUUUGCUGUUCACAGCAAGCAGGUGGCAGGUUAUUUAACUUAUCCCCAGUUGUGGCGGCACUGAGGCGCCAGAGCAGCAUCGGUAGAAAGUCGAGACCAGACUGGCUGCAGCGCAGAGCCACAUUUGCCCUCAUGGGAUGCAUCCGCGGAUCGAGCGAACAGCAACGCAAAGCAAGUGCUCAUGCUCGGCUGCCGUGGCAACCAUGUACCGCACCUGUUUGAGCAUUUGUUGCUACAGGAAUGGUCUCCCACUGUUUCCUGGUGUACUGUGCGCAUAACAUUGUAAUGGUACGUGUACAGAUGUGUUUGGCAUGUCUUUAUUGUACAGCAAUAUGGGUGGUGGCUGCCUUGGCCCCCCGUUCCGUUUCUAUGGCGUAAGGCUAACUUUACUGGUGACGAAGUACACAAGAAGGUACUCGGCGAAGUUCCUCAAGUUUUCACUCCUUGAAGUGGUUCCAGUGCCGCCAUGCGGCUGUACUUGCAACUCAAAAAGUAUUCAUCGUAAUGCAUAGUAGCUGCUUUAAAACUGUCACUGCCAAUCAUUAUUCACAAAAGCUUCAUCGGAUCCUGUAAGCAUAGCUGAUUUGCCCUUUAAAAAAAAUUGGUGAUAGUGUAGCUAGUGCUAAAGAUAGAUCGCUUGCCUUGCUGGACAGAAUAGAAAUGGCAGCAUGAAAGUAAAAGUAAACAAGAGAAGCUCCAUUCUGUCAUUCGUGCCAGGUUUUUCAUAUCAUACAGCAACAUUACGGGGUACCUGAAUUGGGACCACUGAAGCUAUGUGUGGCUUUGUAAGCCUUCACCUUUUCGAACUUCAAAGCAGCAAGCCAGACUCGACCAUUCUCAUCCAGUUGGUUAGCACAAAAGCAGCCUUGUAUUCUGAGCCAGAAAAAAAAUUGGCUUGCUACUUUUGGUAAGCACGUUGUGGAACUGAAAGGGUCAGAGGCAAUGUGAUACAGGAUGUGGGUUCAAACACUCAAAAAUUCUUUGUUCACCAUCAGCCAUACAACUGGGGUCAGUCAUGCAGACUGAACAGCCGGCUCGUGCCCAGACGAUGGUGGGUGAACAAAGCAACCGUGCGAGUUCCAGAACACCAGUCAGCUACAUCCCCCCCCCCCUCGCUAUGGCAAGCCUACUUUUCUUCUGCAGUUCAGUUCGUGACUGCAUUUAAAUUUUCGUUGCAGCACUCAACAAGAUCAACUUUUAUUUUAUUAAUUAGUCGACUGGGUAUGUGCGAUGUUUUUCUUUAGUACUUCUGUACUAGUACUUGUAUAGGUUAUGUUGUAUAAAUGCUGUAUGCUGUAUAAGUAUAAGUGUAAAGCUUUACACUUCCCUUUGUUGGCUAAUUAUUUGUCCUGUUGCAGAGCAUUAAAGCAUUAUUAAACUAGGCUGGCUUGAAUAGCACCUGAGCUCUUCAAGUGACUCGGGUGGUAGAGCUGUAAACUGUCUGGCUGCAAGAAAACUCUGGCUGCAAGAAUGCAAUCAGGUGGAUUAGUUGUACCAUUACAUCACUUAAAUACAAUAUGAGCUGUACUUAAUCUCGCCCAUUAUGUGUCACUGUUUUGUACUUGUACGGGUUUACUUUGCACCCCAACAUUGGUCGUGGUCUGUGGCUGGCAAAGGCAUCAGUAUUGAAGCCUUGAGAAAGAAAAGCUUGGUAAUGUUGAGCAUCGGUGGUUCGUGGGAGGCAUAUGGUUGCUUAUCACCACGUUUACCCGAUUUUGACAGUCCCCUAAAUGUAACACAUGCGCAGUUUUUUUUAUCAUUUCAGUGGAAGAAAAUGAUGUACACCCAAAUAUAAUGCACUCGUGGUUUUAUAACAACAGAGUCGCAUGGCUCUGAUUUUCGCAAUCGGACAAGGAUAAGGCCACCUUUACAGAGACAGCUCUAUUAUCUCAUGUGUAUGGACCACAACAUGUGGUCCUCUGUGCAAUUUGUUGCAUUCGAUGGUCCACGUUUCUUGAACGACUCUGCAAUAGUCACGAAUGGGAUGGUGGCCCACAACAGAACUACUUUACUACUGCAGAAUGCCAAGAAGGCAAAAACACUUAGAUUGAUAGCUGCAACCUUAGCAUGUAAACGAACGUUCAUCGCAGCAGUAUUGUCAACCCGCAUUAAAACUUUUGUCGCCAUCUUGCAAUGACAAUGGCAAUGAUGCUGGCUUUGAUGGUAGCCAACAGCUUGAAUGUACUUCCUGUUUUGUCUCUGAUUGUAACGCACAAGCAGUUUUCAGACCCGUUUUUCUCGGAAAACAAAGAUGCAUGUUAGAAUUGGGUGAACAUGGUAUUUCUGUCUAGUGUCUCUUUAAAGCUGCACUGAGCACGUUUCCUUGUCAUGUAUCCUUGGCUCUAAUAUGUGCAGAUAUGAGUAGCCGAAUGGCUCGUGAAACACGCCAGUAAUGCCCCUACAGUGUAAAGGGCACAACGUGACCUGGCUGACAUGUCAGCAUGCACCAUGCAUGUGAUUGCUACAAAAUGGUGAAAGAGAUUCAAGGAAGCUAUGAAAUGAUUGUGAGGGUGAGACUUGUUGACGAUGUUGGGCAUGUCAACUUGUAAUGUAUUCCUUUGUCUUAGUUUGCACGCUGUAAUUAUUUGUUCACUUCCAUCUUGGGCUGCCAGGCUUACGUGUGAGGCCUGAAAGCACAUAUACUGUUAAGCAGGCUUGUAUUUGUUGACCAUUGUAUAAAAAAAACACACUAUGUGAAAGUUACUUUUGCACCCUUCUGUAAGGUGGUCCGAAAGUAACAAAGUAAAAAAAAAACUUUUCAUGAGAGUCAUAUAGAGCGUACGAAAAUACCAUUUUCACAGAAAUGCUUAGAAACAUGAUUUAUUUAUAACAAAAGAAAUAAUUUUCUGAUUAAUUUCAUUUUAUCAGCAACUUCACUUUGGGUCACAACAGCGCUGCCGCUCUGUGAGAAAUCUAACUACAAAUGCAAGAUUUUUUUUAUUAUUGAAAAAGAAGUUGUGCUUUUUUGUACAUUUCUGUGAAAAGUGCAUCUUGCUACAUCCUAUACUUUUCAAAUUAUUGAAUUUUUAGAACUACUGUUACUUCGGAUCUUAAUGUCCAUGGUGAGUGUGCCUUCUUAAUGCUGCGAUCGUCUCCCACUGCACGAAUUUGACAGUGUUCACAUCACGUCAAGUAGUCACGAGUGCAUAGGAUGCAGGAAAGCUUUCAUUAUUUCCUGAAUCUGAAUUAGACUAUAUCGAACAAAAAAUAAGUGCAAAUGGGCAUAGUACAUCGGGAUCCCUAGCUUGAUGGUAUCACUAACAUUGUAGGUUGGAAGGCAGGGCCACACAAUUGCAAACUCAUACGAGUUUUGCGGACAAAAACUACAACUAAAAUUUGUACAUCAGUGUGUGUUAGCAUGGCAAUAUCUAAUUAGGUGCAGCGAAGAAACUGCAGUGAAUGCUGGGUUUUUAUUUUCUGAUAGAAUCUUUUCAAGGGACCAUGCCAGAGGUAGCAAGUUUUGUCUCUUCUUCAACGCGCAGAGCUUCAUUUUGGCGUGAGAAACUUAAUUCUGAUCCCAUGAUUCUGGUGUCUCACCUUGUUAUGUGAGCUGUGGGUGGCUUUCGUGAAUGUCUCUCUGGUUUUCAAAAUUGGUCGCAAUACAACGCUUCAUUUCUGGUCAACCUGGGCUGUGCAUUUCAGUUUUCGUCUGAUAUCCUGAAUUGGGUGCAAGUGAUGCAGUAACCCUUUCUGUGUUAUGUAGCACUGGGUUCUUAUUUGCUUAGCCAAGUUUUAGAGCACAGCUCGUAGGUGGCCGUUCCUGCUUUGAUCGUCAGUGUAACUGGCAGAACGAAUGAGUGCACCAAAGGAUGAAAAAAAGAGGGCGGUCAUGGAGCGCAGUGGAGGAUCAAAGGUGGCGAUAACGAAGAAAGCACGAGGGGGAGGGUACAGCAGAAGCAUGAGAAGGAGAGUGGAGGAGGAGAGUAUGGUGAAAGAGGGAUGAAGAAAGGGGAGUGCCGCAUGGGACAUGCUCCAUGCUGAUGACGUCAUUACUAACUCGUGGCAAGUGCGUCCAUCGAUACAAAGCGCUGGCGUGGGCGUCGGACCCACUACCCAUGUGCUACUUGCACUGCCGCCGCUAGAGAAUGCGCUCCGUGUGAGCCACGUGUACCUAGGUUCACGCUUUCUUUCUGAACAGCGAGCGACGCAAUCGGUAGAAAUGCUUCAUCUGCCGCUGCUGCUAAGCACGCUGUUCGAGGAGAGGCUCAGGGUCGCUGCCGAGCGGUCCCAGCUGUUCAUGUCCAAAUUCUUUGUCUCAAUAUAUCGUGAAUUCAAAACACCUAAACAGCUGUACUCAAAUUUCGCGUUAGGGAUUAUCGUAAUCGUCGGUGAAUUUCUUUCUUUGUGUUGUGUGAAAAUUUGCGAUUUUGUUGUUUUUACACACAUCGGCAGUGCAUGUUCAGUUUUUUAUAACAUUCUGUACGCGCACAUUGGUGAUUGCACAGCGCCAGAACUGUAUCAGAUGGCAGGGCUCUUGAAAGUCUAGAAAUAAUGCAGUUUUCUGUUUUACCUCUUAUGGAACAUACAACUGUUACGAGGCUAAUCUCUUCCUUAAUUGCGCGUGAUCAUAUGCUGCUAGGUGAGGCAGCCGGCUUCGUGGAAUCUGGAUUGUGACUGAUGAAGCAGAAUGCAAAUCGUUGUUGCAUAAAUGCACGUAUUAUCUUACGAAACCUUCACGAAUGUCCGAUUGUGCAAGGAGAAGAAAACAACAACAAGUGCCGUAUAGACUUGCGUAAGAGCCGCGACCCCAUCUUGGCAGCCCAAAAUCUGGAGAAAAAAAUUUCCAUCGGGAAAGUAAUCGUGUUCCGUGGCCCUUUGCUGCGCACGCGCAACGGCGAGUUUUCCUGCGCCACGUACUUCUGCGUGCCACUACUAGAUAGCCAGAGUUGCACGUUGACCUCUGAUGCAAUGGCUCAUCCGGGGAUUCGGGUUGUGCAAAAGUCACCGGCUGCACUGGCACCAUAUUGACUAAAAGGUUCGAUCCCUUGGAAGGGCUGCACCUCGUCUAAAUUGUGAAAAUAAAAAGAAAGAAAGUGCGGCCCUCACUGUGAGAGCAUACCUGCACAGUAUGAAAGCCUGUCUUUCACACCUUCCUUUGCCUAGCGUGGUUUUUACUUUGAAGCUGUCUCCAAACAAAAAGGCCAGGUCCCUUCAUGAGAAUGGUCCUUCAUGUGAAGGAAUGUCACAUUUUAGCUAUUCGUGUACCAAACUUGGUACAUUUAUGCAAUUAUUUAUGCUGAGAAACCGUAAGUUGAUUUUAAUCAGUUGGUACCAUCGUACUGUGCCCCUCAAUUUAAAGAACUAGUGAAAAUUAUUUGUGCAUAAUUUUUUUUUUUUCAGGUUCUUCAUGAUAGCGUAUUCUGUGCAGUAAUUGUUUCAAUGACCAUUGAGCCUAUGAAUUAAAAGUGAAGUUUUUUGUCAUGCAAAUCCUGCUUUUAAAAAGCAUACGAGAAAAACCUCUUUUGGGCAAGAACAGGUGGCUUUAUCACAGUGUUUCAGUUUCUAAGUCCUGCUUAUGCAACAAAACUGUAAAAAGUAUGCAAAACUGGAUAAACUGGCAUUUUUCUCUAAAUAUUACAACUGAUAAUUUGUACUGCUUUUAUAAGCUUGCAGCUGUGGCAAGCUUAAAUGCUUUUCUCAAAGCUGGCCUUGCAUUAAUUAUUAGGCCUUACUGCCACAUUGGUAAACACCAUUAGGAGUAAAUAACAAAAUGCAUAAUCUGUAGUCAAGUCUGAGCACCCAAUUUUAGAGCCACUGACCGACAGAUAGGCAUGCUUCGUCAUCCUAAAGCUAGCUUUCCUGCAAGCCAGUUUGCCAGGCAAAUGGCAUAGUCGGUUUUGCAGUCUGCAAGUAGGUACAUGGCUUUGUGCCUUUUGUGGGACGAAAAAUAUAAAGAUGGUUGUCACAAAAAAUCCAUAUGCAAUGGAUGGUUACGAGCAUGUAGAACUUGCACUUGAUCUUACUUGAACGACGAACUGCUUAUACCAUCAGUCGCACAAAUGUGCAAUGCAGAGAAAAACACUCCUGUAAAUUAAGAAACGGGCUUUAAUAACAAACCUUUUCGUUAGAGUGGUUGGCCAUUGACUGGCCGCAUUAACUGAUAAUAUGCCCAAUAUUCUGAUAGGCUGGAACCUGCUUUUACAAGCAGCCCUAGCAUGGAGCACAUUUUUAUGAAUAUUGGUGCUGGUCUAUCGCACCAUCAGAAUGUACCUGCAUGCAUAGAGAGGAUUGAUACCUCCUGAUGUGGCAUGCCCCGUCUAUCCGUCAUGUUGAAGUUGAUUGUAGUGUCCAGUAGAGUGCACAGGCUAAGGGUGUGCUUAAAGCUAUAGACUGAUCCCAAAGCAAGUUUCACUGAAGCAAAAUGUUGACAUCCAUUUCCAAGUGUGAAGCCACAAAUGAAAACCAUGCAAUUUCCUCGGAAAGAAAGCUUUGCAGGUGAAAAAAAAAAAAAAUUCUUUCCUGCUCUGGGUGUCAAACUUGGCAGCAAUGGUUUUCCAGGGCAGUUGCUCUGCCAACAGAAGGUGUUAUUCUGGGCUGGUAUAAUGCAAGGAUUUCUCUUGCUUGAUUCUGUGCCUCUCUUUUCAUCCACCAUAUGAUCGACUACCACUAUUUAUUUACAGUCACACGAUCUCGGUGAUAAAUUUGGUGGAGCACAAGAAGGAAUAGCAUUGGGAUAGAAUCGUGUUAUCCCAGUCCUGGACACUGUCAAGUUCUGCCAUAUUGUUGAUUUUGCCAUCUUGUCAGUUCUGAUUGCCUCGCUGCUUGGCUACGGCCUCUCCGAUUGGCUCAAAGCCCCAAGAUGGGAGAAUUUUAUUACACGGCCGAAUUUCACAGUAACCAAAAUGGCACCCAUAGAUAACCAUGAGGCGACCAGGUGGUAGGGUGAGAGUGACUAAUCAACAACUUGUGAGCACAGGAUCACUCAAUAAGCAAAUCAAUUUGGUGGAAUUAAAAAAAAAAGGCAAUGAGUCAACAUUCGUUUCCUGUCAUUGUAGUGCUAACACGCCAGCACUUGGCAAGUUGUAUUUGCCUUGAAUUUGAUUCUCGUGGACACUGUGACGAUUGUGCCUUAAUCCUCAAUGUGCACAUGUUGUUAGUGGUCAUGUAGUUCAUUCUCUUGUGCCCCAUUGUGAUGUAUGUACGUUACAUGCCGUGACUAGGAAAGGUGCAUUAUGGCGAGCCUGUGAGGUUUUUUGACUGGCACAAAGAACUUUUGUCUGGCAGAACCUUGCUUGAACAUGCCUCGGCACACAACAUGGAGCACACAUUCUGAAACAUCAUCUCUCUCUCCCUAGAGACGACUGAUUAAGGAAUCCGUACUUUCCCAUUUGCUUACGACUUGUUCAUGUGCAGCGCCCUGUUGGCUUGGAAUUGCACAGUGCUAGGCUUGCCAGCAUAAGCUUGACCUAGCUUCAGGAGGUCUUUGUUAUGCUUGUCACCUAACUUUGAAGUGAUUAGAAUGUGCACAAUAAACUUUGAUUACAGGCUUUUGUCACCCAAGCCAGAGCCUUUUCAUUAUCAGGGUAAACAUGCAUUUAUAUUUGUCGGUGUGUUAGAAUUCCAUGCAUGGGGAUUAGAAGAACCCACUGAAUCCUUCCUUUCAAUGUUUGGAGCCGGUUGUUUUGUAACCACACGCAUACUGCACAUUUAACAGCAGUCCUUAGGAGGAAACAAUGUAUUAUUUGCACGUUAAGGCAUCUUCGUAAUAUCGGUGGUUUUCUACCGGCAUGUCAUCACAUGAUACCAUGUCAAAGCUUCUGUGUCUGUUUAACCUUGUUCCUUAUGUACCUGGGAGGCAGUUUUUAAAAUGAAGUGUUGUAGUGUCAUGGCAAGAACUGCAUCAAAGAUUUAAUUGCUGAAGGAAAAUAAAGAUUUCUGGUGGA